UCUAGAAACAUAUUUUUAUAAUUUCUGACUGUUAUACUGCAGUUGAAUUCGCUUAAAACGAUGCCAGAUUCUCAGAUACAACGAUACACAUGCCCGGCUAUCACGAAGUUUAUGGACUUAACAAUCUAAUUCUCUGAGUUCUUCAAAGAUCGUUAWAAGUGAAUUAGUCUGCAUAUUUAAACUGCCAAUAWUUUACUUUCAUGUGUAUAUAAGUUUCUUAUCACUGAUAUCGAUAUGAAGUAUUUUUACUUACUUAUUAUGCUCUUGCUAUUACAAGUUGUGUACUAUAAACAGAUAAUUGCCCUAGACGCUAUAAUAAAUCUGAAAAAAUCAUUUUUUCAACCAUUGGAUGAACUUCCGUCAUCAUGUCACAGCCGUGGUAUUAUUGAAAAUAUAAUAUCAUUGGUGGAUCAGUUUGGUUUCAUGCCCAACGGUAACAGAGUUUUCUAUCUAAAUAGAUCACAACCACCGAUGCUUAUAUUGAUGGUAUUAAGUUAUUAUAAAGCAACUAAUGACUUUAAUUUCAUAAAAACUGUUAUAGGUAGUUUGGAAAAUGAAUAUCUUUUUUGGUUAAAAAAUCGAAUGGUCACCUUCGAGAAGGAUGGUAGAAAAUUUAAAAUGGCUAGAUACAGCUCACGGUCAAGUGGGCCAAGACCAGAAUCAUACAGGAACGAUUAUAAACUAGCWGAAAAACACCACAGAGAAGAAGAUAAAAAUGAAUUAUAUAUACACAUCAAGUCUGCAGCAGAAUCUGGUUGGGACUUUUCAAGUAGAUGGUUCAUAACAGCUAAUGGCACUAAUAGCGGUAAUUUAUCUGAUAUACAAACGGCAAACAUUGUCCCAGUUGACUUAAAUAGCUUACUUCAUGUAAAUGCACUUACGUUGAGUACUUGGUUUGAUCAAAUGGGAGAUGAAAUAAAUGCUGAAAAAUACAAAACAAUUGCUAAUGAAUUUCUCGAAAAUAUACAUGAAGUUAUGUGGAAACCAAACAAAGGAUCUUGGUUUGAUUGGGAUUUGAUCAACAAUAAGAGCCGAGAAUAUUUUUAUGCAUCCAAUAUUGUACCUCUGUGGACGGAAAGCUAUAAAAUGCCAAAAGAAAAAGUGGCCCAUUCAGUUCUGAAAUAUUUGAGAGAUGAACGUAUAAUCGAGCUCGAUUACAGUAUUAAAUACAAUGGAAUGCCUACGUCAAUGUAUUCAUCGUCACAACAAUGGGAUUUCCCGAAUGCUUGGCCUCCGCUCCAAGCUUUUAUCAUUCAAGGUCUGGAUAAGACUCAACAAAAAAUUGCAAAACAAGUUGCAGGGAAAUUGGCUGAGGUGUGGUUGCGCACAAAUUAUCGUGGAUUUACAAAUAACGAAUCGAUGUUCGAAAAAUAUGACGCUUUAGCUUUAGGAAUAAGUGGUGGUGGUGGCGAAUACGCGCCACAGUUAGGAUUCGGUUGGACAAAUGGUGUCGUGUUGGAAUUUUUAAAUCAAUGGAACUAUUUAUACUACAACACUUCAUCAAAUGAUAUUACAACGGACUUAUAA